GUGGAGACUGCUGUGUCUGUCCGGACAUCAGCGUCGGACCGGUUUCAUAUUACCCUUUAUAAUAGUUAUACAUCACCGGAAUAACCCGUCCAUUUUCACCCUAGAUAUCAGGUAAUAUAACUAAACAAUUAGCUUUUUUAAUGCAUCUUUGAAGUCCAAGCUGCGUCGAGCACUCGCAUAUUUUUUUAAAAUAGUUUGGUUGUAUAAUUUUGGACCUUGCCACGUAUUUAUGAGACACCUACAUAACAAAGUCACCUAGAAGAAGAGGAUGGAUAUCGUAUGGCGGCUGGUUUCAAGAUUUAACUUCAGGAUCAUGGUGUCGGUUGCCAUCAUUCAGCCUCCACUAGUAUGAUUGGAACCACCAGUCUUUCAGGGGACACCCUGAUAGCGUGCCACUUCCCUGUGGUUCAGCUUCCCACUUGGCAACUUCCCGUCCAGGCCCUGUGCAGCUCAGCCAAGAGGCCCAGUCGUCUGUGCUCAGUGGGCCUGACUCGAGCUGUGUCCCUCCCAGAGCGAGACUCACUCAACCGGGAGCACACCUUCACCGGUGGCCGGAGGCCUUUCUCUAGCAGCUACAGUAGUCUCAAUGAGGACCGAACAGAGGAGGAGGGGGCCAGUGACAGCAGCGGGAGGUACGACUCCAUCUCGUCGCCAGAGGAGACGAGUUCCCAUCUGAAGAAGGAAAGCUGUAGUGCUAGAGGUGGUCUGCGGUCACACAACUCAUUCCUUCCCAAUACAGAGCUAGAUGAGGAGGAGGAAGAUGAAGAUAGUGAUGGAGAUAAUCUACACAGAUAUCAUGAGGACUCAUCUUUUGUGUUGCAUGGAAAUUCCAACUGGCCACUAAACAAUGAUACCAGAAAUGAUACAAUAUCCCACAAGGACAUGGACAGUGAAUGGGGCAAUGAGGGGACUAUGUUGGCGACUGAGAGCGACCAAGAGUGGCUCUCUAACCAGCCUAACCAGCUGGACUCCCUGCAAACUGAAUGCCAGUGCUUUCAUGUGAGCAGAUCUGGCAUCAUGAUGCUGGCUUGUGGAGAGCAGGACUCAGACAGAAUGGGGGAUAACAUGUCCUGCUGCAUCCACAGCCAACACAAAUGUUCCCCAGAGUUGUUCUCCAACACUCAAGCAGAGUAUGUCAGUGACUCUUCUUGCAACAGUUCUGAUGGCAUCUUGGUUAACUUCUGCACCAUCUAUAACAAAAGCAACAACCCCGCCACGCCUCAUGACCUCAGCAGCCCGGCAGUUCACCCCUCUCAGUCAUCUGAGGGAUCUGUAUUCCUCAACCUCCAACCUGUUCCCCAGACUCCGACUGCAGAUGUUCAACAGGAUGACACGAGAGUUUAUGCGCCCCCAAAAGAGGAGGUUGACCUGGCGCCCUCGUCUUCCCAUUGGUCUCCUCAGGGUCUCGACUCUAACUGCAAUCUUUAUUCCCUGGAGCCACUACCCCCGGGGCUCUCUUCUCUGGAGGUAUCAGACCUGGCCGCCUGUCUACAAAGUCAGGCAACAUUGGCCAUAGGGACCAACCAGAAGUACUACAAGCUUGUGACUUGUGACCUUUCCUCCCAGUCACCCAGCCCAGCUUGGUCCAGCCUCACCAGCUGCCCUGAGGGUCAGGGCAGAAGUAGCCCUUUCGCUCCCUCUGAGCACCUGCUUGUCAAUCAUAAGAAAGAAGGACAACACAAAGAAGUCAAGAAGGAGAAAGAGGAUCAACAAAAGGAAAUAAAGUUCUCCUCUGCACAGUGCAGCACCGGGUUUGACAGCUCACAGUUUCAGACCUAUGAUUACCAGGUUGCCACCACCUCCACUGAGAAAGCCCUCUGCAGGAAGAAACAUACUGACAGCAUCCAAAACCACUCCCACACGCCUGGUUUGCUGUGCCCUAGACAUUGUAGCCCACAUAGCUGUAAAUGCCAAGGUACAAGUGCUGCAUCCACACAGCCAUCUGUGACUUUGGACCAGGAACAUUGUGCCACUGAUGCUACUGAGAAGGGAGCAUGUGCAGUUGAAAAUCCAGUGGUACGCUACAGUAAAGCCCAGAGGCCAACCUCUCUGCCCAUCCAGCCCUUUGUUCUGAUUCCCAGUGAAAAACCCCAGGCCCAGACCCAGCACUUGGGCUGUCUUCUGGAGCAGUACAUAAAUCAAAAGAGCAGCAAGUCUGGUAGCUCCCAACCAAGCUUCAAGUUCAAGGGCAAAAGAAGUCAGUGUUUUUCUAAUCUUCAGCUAUCACCAAUGGGCAGCCAAUGCCCCAUCUUCCUUGAGGCUCCUUCGAGCUCUGAUAGCUGCUCCACCUGCACGCCAAGCCCAGAGCGCUUCAGCCGCAGACACACAUGGAGCCAGUCCAGCAGAGGCCAUGGACGCCCAAGUCCAUGUACAUCAAAGAGCAGCCGAGAUCCAACUCACACCAGCCCAAAGCCCAGACUGGUUCAGAUGCAAGAUAAAACAAGCCCAUACUCAUGCAACACUCAGACUAACUCUUUUAUAGAUCUGACCUCAGCCCCAAAUCCGUCCAAACUUGUUAAAAUUCCUACCUACCAGGACCUUAUCAACCUCACCCCUGAGCAGAGCCAUGCCAACACUGAGCCCAAAACUCAAAGUCCAAAUCAGACCCACAGCUCCUACCAUUCAGUAUUCUCUCACACACCACCCACUUUACCCCUAACCACUGACGCCCAUCACCCAAACCUGCAGGUGUCCCUGUCUCCUCCAAAAACUCCACAACCUCAAAAGAAGUCCCUUCAGUAUCGCGCUGCACCUGCAGCUGACUCCGGCUUUUUUCACGGUAGUUUUACAGCUGCCCUCUCCUCAGUUGCUCCGCUCUCCUCUUUGAGUUCUUUGCUCUCCUUGGCUGCUUCUGGGCUGCAUCCACAGCAAACCCAGGACUCUGCUGGGAAGCAGAGUCAGAGUCAACACAGCGAAUCUCUGAUCCUGAGUGACAGGCCGCCCACAGAGUUCUGCCUCUCGCCUGAUACAUCUUAUGAGUCUAUGUCUAUCAGCCAUCUUCAGAGGAGAGGUCUGCUGAGGUCUGUAAGCAGGGCAGUGGAUUUGAUUAUGGCUCAUUUUGGCAGCAGCAGAGACCCUGAAGAAAAGAUGCGUCUGGGUAACAGCUCUCGGAGUCCCACAAUUGCUGGUCUGGUCCUGGAACACUUAUGUCCAACGAUCCAAAAUAUUUUAGAAGACGGUCUCAGGGAUCAUAAACUGGAUCUCAUCAUCGGGCAGCGCCGCAACCACUCCUGGAAUGUGGUGGAAGUCUCUACUAGGAUCGGUCCGUCGACCAGGGUCCUGCACAGCCUGGUCUCUAAAAUCAGACAAUGUCCCCAGCUCACCAGCCACUGCAUGAGACUGAGAGCCUUCAUCAUGGGUCUGCUUAACUUGAGAGCUUUGGAAUUCUGGCUCAGUCACCUUCAGAGUCAAAAAGAUGUUGUGACGACAUACUACCAUUCUUGGGGGUUCCUGUCCAUGUCACUGGAUCGGUGUCAGCCCUUGUUUCAGGAGCUGCUACUUCUGCUGCAACCUCUGUCUGUGUUGCCCUUUGACCUCAACUUGCUCCUGGAGCCCCGACUGUUACGUAACAGGCAGCUGUGUUCUGAGGAGCAGGGUGUUUCUCCACCUCCACCGUGCUCUGCCCUCUUAGUGACCAGCUGGCCACAACUGCAAGCUGACAGAAAGGCGGACAACAGCCACAGCAGUCAGUCUAAGAUUUCACACCAGACAUGUCUGCAUCACCAAGAGUCUCCCAGUUCCCAGAAUUCAAGUUGCUACAAGCAGGGAUGUGGAGAGAUGCAUGUGAACAGGAGUCCAUUUUUAGCCCCUAUUCCAGAGUGGUGGCCAAAAGAGGCUGACCUCAUGGAUGGUGUGGUUGAAGGGGAGGACUGUAGCCACAAUUAUGCAGAUACUUGGUCUCAAAUAAGUAUGGACAGCAGGCCAGAAGAGAGCAAGGGAGAGAAAGACAAUGGGAUCCCAAAUGUGUCACCUUGUGUCCAGGUUGAGAGUCCUUGUCAGGGUGGUCUGCGCUGGGCCAAACUGUUUGGAGGAGCUGAUUCUUCCACCAGGACAGAGGAAGUUUCUCAGAGUCACAGUGGAGCACAAACCAGAAGGCACAGGCGACCAUCACAGUGGCUGCAUUUGGACAGAUCGCAGCUUGGACUUUUGGCUCAAUCCAUCAGGUCCAUGAAGCUAAGAGGAGCUCAGACUGACAAAGACAAGGACUGUUGAAAACUAAACCCUCUGUGCGUGGAGGACCGAGUGGAAACUAUUUACUGUGAUAACUGCAUGAUAGUACAUAGUCCUGCAAAACACAGUGCUCGAUCUCACUGCUGCACUGAUCAGGAAGCACUUAUUUUACAAGAUUAACAGCUUUCGCAGUGGCCCUUAAUCAUCAAGCUUUCAUGAGUUUAAAGGUGGACUGCUGCACCAGCUAUUCAUAAAUCCAUUUCUAAAUUUGUAUGAGCAACAUCUUAGUACAGACUUUAGAAAUGUGUAAAUGGUUGCUAGGAAACUGAAGCAGCACAAGCUGUAACAUAACUGCCAAAAAUGACAGUUUUAGGGGCCAAUCUAUAUUUUUAACUUAAGUGCUAUUUUUUGUAAAUGUUGGUAUCACUUUGUUUUACUUAUAUGCAUAAAUGGAGAAAUAUUUGUUUCAGACUAUUCAUGCAGUCUAGAAUUAGUGGAAAAUAUGAGAUUACACUAAUCUAACUGAGGCUAUUUAGCUACAUUAUUAGCAUACAAUAACAUUUUUCAGUUUGAGGUAUAUUCUGCUAUUUUUGUGAAAUGUAAUUUAAAAUCUUUUGAGUUUAUCAUUAUUAAACAGCAUGUUGAUCAAGUGUCAGGUCAGAUGUGUUUGACUCUUCAGUCAAAACUGGUCAGAUAUUAGCAAACUAACGUUUUGUCAGUUGGUUCAGUAGCUACUCAGCAGUUAACUGUGGCAGUUACUGGGUUGUAUAUUUAACACUAGUAAUAAUAAUCUCUACGUAGGAAACUACUUUGUGUGGAGCAUACAAAUCUCUACUUAUUGAACGGUCCGUGUACAUUUUAACUGAUUUCAGCACUAGAAUGACACGUACAUUAUAAAUAGGCAAAGCUUGAACUUAUGAACAACUGGUGCCAAGACCCUCUGAUCUUAAAAUGUCUCUCUGAUGUUGUUUUAUCAGUGAACAUUUGUGUUCAUAUAAGGUGUGAGAUGAGCUUCAUGAAUGAGAUCAGGCAGGUGGCUGAGGACCAUUUUGAUUUCAUUUUGAUUUAACCUGGAAAAGUCUCAUUGAAAUUAAAAAUCUCUUUUACAAGAACAUCCUGGCCAAGACAGGCAGCAGCACAAUAAACAGGGUUGAAGACAUCAAAAACAUAAUAAUUUACAAUGAAAAUAAAGAAUAAAUUACAGAAUCAGAAAACAUUAAAAAUAUUCAUCAGUAUUCGUUGCAAGUCAUCAACAUCAGGGAUCAAACAGGGGUAAUAUGAGUCAGUCAAAACAUCUACAGCCAGAUGUGCCUGCCUCCAAGUCAUCUAGAAUUACUUUAAAUGCAUCCAGUGAGACCAACUUUUGCCAUUGAUUCCAAGCGGAGGGAGCAACAUACUUAAACGCCCUUUUUCCCACUUGCUUGAUGAAUGAGGGCCAGUGCACCUAUUUGCAACUGCACACCCACCAGAAUAACCUUGAGUAGGUGCUUCUGUUACCUGUAACUCUCCUCUAUAUUUCCUGUAGGCGAAUAUCAAUCAUAUAUGUGAAUAUUGACCUGCUGUAGACUAUGGGACACAUUAUCCAUUUCUUAUAUGUAGCUGUCAGACUUUCCACAGCUGUACCUUUCAUUUCACCCCCGCAAGCAAUACAUUCUUAUUAGUGCCAAAUAUGCCACACACCAGCCUUUUGUGGUGGAUUGUCAGUGAUUUUAUUUCCAGUAAACUUGCUUUUUUGAGCAAACUCACAGCAUGGAUUUACCAUAGGUGCAUGAGUUAACAAGAAUACAGGUAGGUGCUACAGUUUUACUAGAUCUCCUAACUUCCUAUUAAUGUUUUUAUAGCUGUAGAAUUAGGUUUUGGAAAUUUUCUGGCACAUGAAUUGUGUGGUAUUGUCUGAUAUAUACAGUAGUACGUCUUCCGGUGAAUUUUGUUCAGUUGCACAAAUACAAGCCACCUUGUGGCUGUUUCAGGUAUUUAACUGUGUGUCAGGUACAUUUUGAUAGACCACUAGUAAGAUAAGAGGGAUGGGAAGAAUAGAAAAUAUGUUCUCUGCAUUUGUUAAUGGAGAAUUUCUAAUGUUCUGAAAUAUGUGAAGUCUGUGAAAUUAUUCCACCCAGCGUUGUUUUAUCCUCAGUCUCUGAAUGCUUCCUCUAAUGCCCAGUGACAAUCAACCUCUGUCAAUAAAGAUUUAACAUAUUGAUUACCUGCCUUACUUUAAUGUACCAACCAUGUACAAAGGUUUACUCAUGUGCCAAAUAUUGUUGCAGUUCAGCACAAAUUGUUUUCAUGGAAAUGUGAGGACUUCAGAUUUGACUC